CAUCUCCAACAAAGUUCAUGUGAUCAACCACCACUCACUCACUCACUCACUCACCGCCGCACUGCUUUGGAUUCCUCCACCGCACAUUGCCCAAUUCCUCAUGCAUUUUCCCUUCUCUUCCUUGUAGAUAGGCAUGCCUCUUCGAUCUUUGCUACUUGUCCUUUCUAGCUUCCUUUAUGGCACCCACGACCAGACAGAUUUCCUCCCCCUAUUUUAUAGGGUUCUUGAGAUUUGGGAUUCCAAUUAUUUCAGCUCUCAGAUUGUUGGAUUUAAGUGAUUUCUAGUUUUUGGCAGACAAUGAAAUUUGAGGACUUCUUGAUGGAACCAAGUGAAGAGAAGAAGAAGAAGCUCGUGCUCGAAGAGGAGAUUAAGAACUUGAAAACAGAACUAGAUGGGGAACAAGAACGCAACAGGGUUCUGCACUCUGCACUUCAGGGGCCUGUGCUGCUACAGCCAUGUUUGUCCUUAUUGCUUCCACCUCAAGUUCAGGUGCUCCUUGCUGAACUAGCAGCGGUGGAGGAGGAGAUAAUUUGGCUAGAGAGAAAAAUAAAUGGGCUGAAGAUGAGAUUGUAUAAUGAAAAGAAACAGAACCAGCAAUGGAAGCAAACACAGCAGCAGCAGCAACAUUCUUUGAUACAUAGACAGGGAUAUAUUUCAGUUCCACAUGAUGAUAUUAAACAGCGAUCCAGAUCACAGAAUUAUGAAGUAAUCAGAAAAGGCAAAAUGAAAAGUUAUAGGAGAUCCUCUAUUGGUUCUUCUACAGACAUCCUUAGCACAUCUUCCUUAGAAUCGAUAGGGGAAAGUUAUGAAAGAUCAAGAAGGCUGAGCUGUAGAAUCAGAAAUCAAAGCCAUACAAGCAAAGAGGUUGCGAAUGAGAAACCUAACACACUUUCAGAAGAAUUGCUGAAAUGCCUGAUAGACAUAUUUCUUGAGCUAAACCAAGCACCAGAAGAUCAAGAAGGAUCAGCUAUCAUUCCAAAGCUUAGUCUCUCCUGCAUGAAUCCAAAAGGCUUCAUGGCAAAGACAUCAUUCAACUGUAAAGCGCCCUCAUUUCCUUUCAAUCACAAUGCAUCAAAUAUUGAUCCUUAUGGCAUAUUGCCAGAUUUAGAUGGCAUUGUAAGGGACAUUGGCCCUUAUAAGAACUUUAUCCAAAUCACCAAAGUUAGCAUUCUGGAUCAACAUCUACAAUGCCUGUAUAAUGCAUGUACUGCAUUUCUUGAACAUGGGCUGCCUUCCACACAAGACAAACUGCUAACAGUUAUGAACAAGGCUGCACUGAAUGUGGGAGGUAUAGUGCUUAAUGCUCUGGCGAUUGAGCAUUUCAUUCUUCGGCAUCCAUGUGAAUCAACAAAUGGUCCCAUGGAUGAGAAGGAAAUGCUACUGCGACAUGCCUAUGGUUUGGGGUACCCAGAACCAAAUGUGACAUUUGCUCUUUGCCGAGGCAGUUGGUCCUCACCAGCGUUAAGGGUCUAUACCUCAGAUGAAGUGGUGAACGAACUGGGUAGGGCAAGAGUGGAAUAUCUACAAGCUUCUGUGGGAGUUACAAACAAGAGAAAGAUUAUAGUGCCCAAGCUUCUGCAAUGGCAUAUGCAAGAUUUUGCAGAUGACAUGGAAUCACUACUGGAAUGGAUUUAUAGCCAGUUGCCACGUUCUGGGUCUUUAAAGACAUUAAUAAUGGAGUGUCUAAACAGAGAAACAAAAUCUCCUGUGAAAAAAAUUGUUGAAGUACAGCCUUAUGAAUUUGAGUUCCGCUAUCUUCUACCCUUGUAAGUUGUAAGGGAAAUGAAAUAAGGGAAAGAUAUGGCACCAUCAUCUACUAAAAAAUACAUGGUUGCAGCAGUUUAGCUGAUAUUCUAAAAGGCCUGAGAUUAAAAGGAUAAAUGACCAUGAUAUGU